AUGACCGUUUCCAGUCUACUCAAAAACCACGUACGCUACGCGCCCUACCUCUCCAAAGUGGUCAACCCGCAGGAGCUUCUGCCCCUGUUCAAGGACGGCCAGUACAUCGGGUGGUCCGGCUUCACCGGUGUCGGCGCCCCCAAGGUCAUCCCCCAGAUGCUCGCCGACCACGUCGAGCAGAACGAGCUCCAGGGCAAGAUGAAGUUCAAUCUGUUCGUCGGCGCCAGCGCCGGCCCCGAGGAGUCCCGCUGGGCCGAACUCGACAUGAUCGCGCGCCGCGCUCCCCACCAGGUCGGCAAGCCCAUUGCGCGCGCCAUCAACGAGGGCCGCAUCCAGUUCUUCGACAAGCAUCUCUCGAUGUUCCCACAGGACUUGACCUACGGCUUCUACACCAAGGACAGAACUGACGGCAAGAUCCUCGACUACACGAUCAUCGAGGCCACCGCCAUCAAGGAGGACGGGUCCAUCGUGCCUGGGCCCUCCGUCGGCGGUUCUCCCGAGUUCAUCAGCGUCUCCGACAAGGUGAUCAUCGAGGUCAACACUGCGACGCCCUCUUUCGAGGGCAUCCACGACAUCGACAUGCCCUUAAACCCGCCUUUCCGCCAGCCUUACCCCUACACGCGCGUAGACGAAAAAUGCGGCGUUCACUCCAUUCCGGUCGAUCCUGAGCGCGUUAUCGCCUUGGUGGAGUCAACCACCCGCGACAAGGUGCCACCAAACACCCCAUCCGACGACAUGUCGCGCGCCAUUGCCUCACAUUUGGUGGAGUUUUUGGAAAAUGAAGUGCGUCACGGCCGUCUACCAGAAAACUUGCAUCCUUUGCAAUCUGGUAUCGGCAACAUUGCAAACGCCGUCAUCGAGGGCUUGACAGACUCGUCUUUCAAGCACCUCACCGUUUGGACUGAGGUUUUGCAAGAUUCGUUCUUAGACUUGUUCGAAAAUGGCUCUUUGGACUACGCCACUGCCACGAGUAUCAGACUCACAGAGGCAGGCUUCGAGCGUUUCUUCGACAACUGGGAUACUUUUUCCAAGAAGCUAUGUUUGCGUUCCCAAGUGGUCUCUAACAACCCGGAGAUGAUCCGUCGUCUAGGUGUCAUCGCCAUGAACACUCCAGUGGAGGUGGACAUUUACGCACAUGCUAACUCUACAAACGUGUCAGGAUCACGUAUGUUGAACGGUCUGGGAGGCUCUGCAGACUUUUUGAGAAAUGCCAAGCUAUCUAUCAUGCACGCUCCAUCUGCUAGACCUACCAAAAAGGACCCCACAGGUAUUUCUACUAUUGUCCCAAUGGCAUCACAUGUGGACCAAACCGAGCAUGAUCUGGAUGUGAUUGUGACCGAUCAAGGUUUAGCAGAUGUGAGAGGGAUGUCUCCUCGUGAAAGAGCUCGUGAAAUCAUCAAAAACUGUGCACACCCAGACUACCAACCAAUCUUGAUGGAUUACUUGGAGAAAUCAGAGUUCUACGCUCGCAAGAACAAGUGUUUGCACGAACCACACAUGUUGAAGCAUGCUCACAAGUUCCAUGUUAACCUUGCUGAGAAAGGUACUAUGAAGGUGGACUCCUGGGAUUGA